AUGCUCUGCCACGCCGGAUUCACCACCGUCCCAUGCUCCUCCACCGACGCCGGGGCCACUGUCAAGGUCGGCCGCGGGGCCCUUGCUCCUCCGCCGCCGCAAGGGCCGCCGUCGGGGUCGGCCGCGGGCCCCUGCUCCUCUGCGCCGCUGCCUGGGCCACCGUCGAGGACAGCCACGGCGCCCCCUCCCCUCCGCGCCGCCGCGCGGUUCAACGUCAGCACGGCGCCCCUGCUUCUCCCGCCGCCAUGCGAGCUGGCCGGGCCGCUCGAUCCGCCGGAUCCAGCGCGGGGAGGAGGGCAGCGGCGCCGCCUAUGGCCGAAGCACGGGCCGACCGUGCCAAUCCCGCUCCUCCCCGCACGAAUCGGCAGCGCCUGCUCGCCGGAGCCAUCCUCGCGCACGAGGAGGCCGGCCUCCCGGUGA